CUAACCUCCAUCGGGACAUGUUUGAGACAAAUGUGGGUUUAGUUUUUAUCUAAGUUAUUUUUAAAGAAAGUUAAACGUACCAGAGUUUAUUUGGAUAUUAUUUGUUCAUUUUGAUUCAUACCAUUCGGGGAUAUGUCUUCACUUCGAAUACGAGUUUUGGGAAGAUGCAUCCAGUCUGGCUUACCUUUGAAAACGGUACUAAGGGCUCAAAGCGUUUCAGCCCAACCUCUCGUGCAGGCAGACUUUCUGAAAGGCGGCCCCCACAGAAAACACCCUGGAGUGACAAAUCUCAAAGCUCAGCAUCUUCCUGAUGAGCUUAUGAGAGGUGCUCUGUAUAUCAUAAAAAAUGCCCAAGUCAGUGACCUGGCAGGGAAAUCACAGCGUCUCUCCAACUUCCUGUGGAGUAGAAGGCGGAAAGUGGAGGAUGCUCAACUGAGAGCAAAGGCAGUGGCCUUGGAGAAGGCUUUUCUGAGCACCUCGCAGAAGCAUCCCACAGAGGUGGAAGAUGGCAAUCUGGAAGCUCAUAUAAGGAGACAAGUCCUUUAUGAUUUGAGAAAAACAACCUACCAUUGGACACCUCUCAGGUAUGAUGAGGCAUUAGGGGUGGUGUACAUGGCCUCAAGGUUAGCAGGUGGAUAUGCAGCUGUUCGAAGGGCUCUCUAUGAGAUAAAAAAGCGGGAUCCUUCCUUCUCACCACAUUCUCUUUUGGACUUUGGUUCUGGGCUGGGAACAGUUGUGUGGGCAUCCUACUCUCUUUGGGCAGACUCCCUGAGAGAGAUGGUUUGUGUGGACAGCUCUGGAGCCAUGAAUGACCUGGCAGACCAACUUCUGAGGGGUGGAGAUGAGCAAAGUAAAGCCUUCAUCGAUAAUGUUUAUUUUCGUCAAUUCCUCCCUGUCUCCCCAAAGGUGCAGUCUGAUCUUGUGGUUGGGGCAUUUGCUUUGUCUGAGCUUGGCACCAGCAAAGAGCGGCAAGAUGCCAUUCUCACCCUCUGGAGGAAAACUGGUUCUUAUCUGGUGUUGGUGGAAAAUGGUACAAUGGAUGGUCACAGCAUCCUCAUGGAAGCCAGAAACACUGUACUGAAGAAUGAAGAUAAAGUUGUGUAUGAUCAUAGAAUGCCAUCUGUGUUUGCUCCGUGCACCCAUGCGUUACCAUGUCCGAAGAUGGUGCAAAGGCUGGCUGUGCCAUGCAACUUUGUUCAGCCCUACUUUCCACUUCCUCUGGCAAAAGUGAAACCAGGAAAGCCACCAGGAGAAGUUCAGCUACCUGAUCAUCUCCAGGAUGGGCUCAGCAGCGCAAGGGGACAGGCGCGCUGGUGUCGAAGAGGUGGAGUGGGCCAGGCUGACGGCGCCGGUCCUACGAAGGCCCCGGCGUGUCCACUGCCAGCUGUGCUGCUCCAGCGGAGAGCUCAAACAGCUGGUGGUCACAGCACGCCUUCACGGCAGAGACACAUACCGCUGUGCCCGCAGCAGUGACUGGGGGGACAGACUCCCAGUCGUCCUGGCAGAGGAUGAGAUUGAUGUCAAUGUUCAGAGUGACAAUGAACCAUCAUAAUCAGAAAUAUUAAAAUUAACUUAUCUGCAUUGA